UCGAGAUUGACCUGACCGACCUAUUUCACAAUCCAAGGCAAAUUUUCGUGGACUUGACGACCACUUUCCAGUCUCGUCUGCUCUUGCCCAUGGCGCUCCUGCUUUCCGUCAGCUUCUCGAUGCCGCACUGCCACCGCCAAACUCAAUUUCAGGCAUCCCACUCAAGCAGAUUAACUGGUGGAAGACUAUUAAAUUCACUCACCAGCAGAACAGAAGCUAGAGAACUCAACCAAGACCGCAGAUAUCAAGAAAUAUCACAAACACAUACAACAACAUACUCAGAACAAGACACUGAGCCAGGUUCACAUUCCAUUAAAGUUCUCUUUAUUUCAAAGCAUGUAUCUCCCUUGAAUCUCUACAAGAACUAGACUUAGACCUUUAACUCUUAGAUCGCAACAGAAGACACCUUGGCAUGAUUUUUGUACCUCUUUACACUGCUUUAAUAAUAAAAAAAAAGGAUGGGAAGAAAUUAGAAAUUAGAAAUUAGACGAAUCCGUACA